UUCCUUUCUCUAAGCUAAAACAAUUCAUUAAAUUAAAACAUAAAACAAAUCUAUUCUCCACCCAAUUUAUGUUUACUUUUUCUUUUUUAAAAAAAAUUGUCUUGGUAGUGUUACAAAUAAUUAUUCCUUGGUAGAAAUUAAAACCCCUUCUUGAGAAGAUAGGGAAACAAUUUCAAUCUAUGAUGUCAUCAAGUGAGCAAAGAAGGGAAGUAGGAGGAGGAGAAGGAGAAGGAUCAUCAUCAAUGACCUUAACACAAUCCGAUCAUCAUCAUCAGCUAUCACCAGCUCCUCAAUUGAGUCGUUACGAGUCUCAGAAACGUCGUGAUUGGAAUACUUUUGGUCAAUACUUGAAGAAUCACAAACCCCCGAUACCUUUACCUCAGUGCAACUAUAAUCACGUGUUAGAUUUUCUUCGAUACCUAGAUCAAUUUGGAAAGACUAAGGUACAUUUAAAUGGAUGUGUAUUUUUUGGACAAGUGGAACAAGUUGGACCAUGUACAUGUCCACUUAGACAAGCAUGGGGAAGUUUAGAUGCACUAAUUGGAAGGCUUAGAGCUGCUUAUGAAGAAAAUGGAGGAUUACAAGAGACUAAUCCAUUUGCUAAUAGUGCUAUUAGAAUUUAUCUACGUGAGGUAAGAGAUUCUCAAGCUAAAGCAAGGGGAAUUCCUUAUAAGAAGAAGAAAAAAAAGAGGAAAAUUCAAAUUAAUUCUAGUAAUAACAAUGAGGUAAAUUCUACUUGAUUUUUCACAAGAGGAAAAAAAAAUGAAUGGUAAAAUUUAUUUCUUUUAUAAUAAGAAGGUUAUUUCAAUUUGCUUUUGGAAGAUUUGUAUAUGGUCAUAGUUUCAAUAUUAUGAGUAUUAAACUA